CCUCUGAGUGACGUCAGCGACUAAACAACAACAAAAUAAACAGCAGCUGGCGGCGCGCGUGAGGAGCGGGGCUUGCUAUGGCUAAUCAGGGUGGAUGCGACAGCCUGGAUGCUUCAGAGGUGGAGCCGGUGGGAAAGACUUCCUCCAGAUCACUCAGCUCAGGUGGAGGAGGAGAGAUGGCGGAGAAAGAGGAAGAGCAGCCUUCGAGAGCCCGACACCCUGCAGACACUUAUCCUCUGUGCCGUAUAUCAAAGCUGAUCAACUGGAAAAGACCAUUAUGGACUUCCGCUUUCUUCGCAACUACAAAUAUAGCGUUUUGGUUUGUGUCCCUUAGUCCCUGUCGGGUGUUCAGCCUCAUCUCCAUGUGUGUGGCUCUAUUAGUGAUGAUACAGUUGAUGAAAGAUGUGGCUCUUUCCAGAUCCAGAGGAGCCGCUCUAUGGAGGAGUAUGACAAGCAGCUGGGAGGUCAUUGAUUCUGCUCAGGAGGGCAAGUCUGGAUCAGGAUCUCCAUUCACAGACUUCUGGACGAGCCUCAAGCUCUUCAUUGAGGAGACUUCCUCUUUUAAGCAGCAGAAUCCAGGCAAGUUCUGUCUGCUGGUGUGCAGUAUGUGUUCUUUUCUGGCAAUACUUGGACGUUACAUUCCAGGGGUUGUUAUUUCAUACAUCUUAGUGCUGGGCAUUUUUCUCUGGCCCUUGGUGUCGUCACAUGAGUUUGGGAUGUGGUUGGAACCAGUUCUGCAGAAACUGGACUUUGGCAUGGGCGAGUUUCUUCAGAAAAUAAAGGAGAAUCAUGAGAAAAGGAUACUUCAGUCACAAGCCAAGAGAGAGAGCAUUGAAGCAGAUCUGUCUGCACUUUUCCCCAAGAUGGACUCCACCGUGUGCAAAGAGCUGUCUGUAUCCGACACAGAGGUCUCUGAAAUAACAUGGACAGACAAUGGCACCUUUAACCUUUCAGAGGGACACACACCUCAGACAGAAAACUCUGAAGACUCAGACCGGCGAAGUGACGAGGAAGUCUUCACCGGUGGACUACCAGAAUUUCCCUCCUUGGACAAUGGCUUGGGAACAAAUGGAGAUGACGACGAAGACCUGAGCAUUGGGAUGCCCACCCCUUCAGCCCAUCCCAGCAGGGUCGGGUCCACACAGUCAGAGGAGGAAACCGUGGCCCAGGCCCUGGAGGUUGUGCAGAGGCUGGCUGGAGAUGUAAUCACAGCAGCAGUAACCGCGGCCAUGCAGGAACGUCUGGAGGCGGCUGUAGCGCCUGCGCUGGUCCAGGCCCUGGCUGAGGAAUCGGACAGCGAGGCGGAGGACUUUGAGUUGUUGGACCAAUCAGAGCUGGAACAGCUGGAAGGCGAGUUGGGGCUGGAGCGCUCGAGCCGUGCAGAAACGUCUAAACCUAGCAAACCCUCUUCAGGCUUUCUGUCCAAACUACUGGGAAACCAAUGAUUUUAUUCAGAGGGGCUCCGAUUCCCUCUGUGAUGGGAUGUGGGUGGGAGGAUAAAUUUUGGGUUUACAGGGAAAGGUCCAGAGUAAUGAAGGUAUUCCAUUGUUUUACUUUGCUGGUGUGAUACAGUUGUUUUGCUAUAAAAACAAAGUCGUCUGUGGAAGGAGGCUAUUUGUGUAUUUCACGGGGAAGGGGAUUGUGGCUGGUUUUGGCGUAGCUCCAUCUCAGUGGGUCAUCGGAGGAAAUUGUUUUCACAAUGUUUCCUGUCAACCUCCAACCCGCCAAUGACCAGAGGGUUAUGGACCAGAGUAAAGUCAUUAGUUUAGCUGUUAAAGGGCUGGUAGAUGCAGGAUACUCCAUAUUUUGCUGCCAAAUAUUUUUUCUCUUUUCAACUUCCCAUAAUUAGUCAUAAAAUAAAGCUUCAUGGCCAAAGAGUAAGGGCCUCCCACUAACUGACAAUCAGGAUAGCACUUAUAAGCAAACAGAAACGCCUUGUAGAGAAGUACACAUGUGACAAAUAUGUAUUUUUAUUUGAAAUAUUUUGUUUUCUAAUUUUUUUUGUUUGUAUUUUUCAUGAAAGAUUUCUGAAAAGCUGGUGGUCUUAGAGUAAUCCUUUGCAUGGGUAGUCAUUUUUUUUACUUUUUUCAGUCUGCACCUUCUUUUAGAGUAAACCAACUAGGCACUAGAGCACAUAGGCACCAAAGUUGAACAUAUUAUGUUUUAGAUUCAUAUUCAGAUUCAUCAAAUAGUGCUUAAAGGGAUGGUUCAACCAAAAAUGAAUAUUCUGUCAUUAAUGGUGUUUAAUGUUGUUUUAGACUCCAUUGACUUUCAUUUUGUAAACAAAAACAGUUACACAGAAUAUUAUCUUUUGUGUUCCACAGAACACAAGGUUUGGAAAAAUAUGAAAGUGUGUAAAUGAUGAUCAUUUUUGGGUGAACUCUUUCUCUUUAAUGUACACAAAGACCUUCAUUUUUUUUUUUUUUCAGGCAAAAGGAACAAAAUGUAAAAUGUAUUUAAUCCCCAAGAACAAUGUAGACAGAAGACAAUUGUACUUUUAGUCAGUUUUAUAAAUCAAAAUGUCUCUUUGGGGAUCAUCAUGCUUUCUGUGAGAAAGAGAGUAGUCUUUUAUCAACUGACCCAUUAUUCAUAAUUGCCUUUUCAUCAAUGUAAGUACAGACGCACAUAUAACCGAGACUGUUUCUGCUCACAGUGUGGUGCUUGGUGUGUAUCUAAAUUUAGUGUUUCUAACAAACUUCUGAUGUAUGAUGAAUUUUGUUUUGAGAUGUAUUAAACGCUUUCUAUAACACAUUGGCUGAAUAGGAAUUUCUGCUAGUCACUAUAACGACUGAUAUCCAAAAAUGAUUCUAAUUAGUGUCAGAAUUUCUUUUUAAUUUAAAUGUAUUAUUUAUUCCUAUAUAUCUCUGUUAUUAGAUUGCUGCCAUGCACAUAUGAUUGCAUUAUAUGCCUGUGCAAGUUUGUCUGUCAGAGCAGAAGAGAAUUAGCAAAAUAUAGUUGUAUAAACAAUCUCCAGAAUGUAAUUAAAACCGUACAAUUCAAAA